CUGCCGGAGAGGCGUACAGGAUUUUAGAGACCGAUAAAGCAAACGAAAGGAGGCAGGGAGACGGGGGUAAGGGAGAGAAGAAACGGACAGAAAAGGGAUCCCCGAUGUUCCAGUUGCCGAUUCUGAAUUUUAGCCCCCAGCAGGUCGCGGGGGUUUGCGAGACUCUCGAGGAGAGCGGCGACGUGGAGCGGCUCGGGCGCUUUCUCUGGUCGCUCCCGGUGGCCCCUUCUGCUUGUGAGGUCCUCGGCAAGAACGAGUCGGUGCUGCGUGCGCGCGCAAUUGUGGCCUUUCACACAGGCAACUUCCGAGAGCUCUAUCACAUUCUGGAGAACCACAAGUUCACCAAAGAGUCGCACGCGAAGCUGCAAGCUCUCUGGCUAGAGGCGCAUUACCAGGAGGCCGAGAAGCUCCGCGGUCGUCCGCUAGGGCCCGUGGACAAGUACCGUGUACGCAAGAAGUUCCCACUACCUCGCACGAUAUGGGACGGCGAACAGAAAACGCAUUGCUUUAAAGAGAGGACUCGCCAUUUGUUGAGAGAGUGGUACCUACAGGACCCUUACCCGAACCCAAGCAAAAAGAGAGAGUUGGCGCAGGCCACCGGACUCACGUCUAUCCAAGUGGGCAACUGGUUUAAAAACCGGCGGCAACGAGACAGAGCCGCGGCAGCCAAAAACAGGCUACAACAGCAGGUCCUGUCGGGUGGUUCGGUUCCAUCGCUCACGGACGAUGAUGGAGCGGUAGACCGACUGGGCCUGUCCUCCAGCCCCGAGGCCAGCCUCUCGAGCAAGGCUGCCACUAUCUCCGCUAUCUCCAUCACCUCGAGCGACAGCGAAUGUGACAUCUAAAAGAGUCAUCACGAGCAGCAGUCUCGACCGGGAAUGACAGACUUCAAGUGAACAAACAGGGGAGACAAUCUAAAAAUUAUUUAGUGCCUGCUACCCCUCGCGGGUAAAGCACGGAGCACUUCGAUAGCCCAGAUCAGGAAUGAUAUAGAAUAUGGUGUAUAUUAACCAUUUUCUUCUUCUUCUUUUGCCGGCCCUUUCUUGCAACAUCCUUUUCCAUAUGUUUUUUCUUCUCUCCACGAUUUGGUGACUUAGAGAACAGGAAAGAAUGUUUUAAAGAACUGCAUUCAGUUUUGUUUUUUCAUUUAUUUUUUUUUAAAAAGAAGAGAAGAACGGCAGAAUUUUUACGCCUCAAACUGCAUUGUGUAUCUUAAAUUAAUGGGCAAACUAUUGUGUGUGCUUAUUUGGUGUUAAAAAGACACUGUAUAUUUUUUGUGUGUCUUUGCAGUUUUUUUUAAUAUAUAUAAAUAAUUUACUAUUUAUUUACUUAGAAUAAUGUAUGUGCUUAAAUGCUUCGAAAAAAUAUUUCUGUUGUUCACAAGUAGCCUCUUGUGCGUGGU